AUGUCUGAGGCUGACUACGAGCGCGACAACGCCCAAGCUAAGAUAUGCCUCGGAGAGAUUGAGAGGCAUCGUGGAGCAUUGAGCACUCAUCCCCUCCCGCAGCUCAAUGCCUGUGCCAAUACCUGCAUCACCACCCGCGGCCUCGAGCACAAUUAUCUCGCCAUCACACGCCGUACAGAGCCCACCAGUGUCCAGCGCGAAUACGCCAACAUAAAGAAAUACGUUACACGCACCAAGGGGCGGGGCCUCCUUAUCAGCAUCAAGCUGUUCUCGCGCAAGACGUUCCUAGGACGGUGUCUAUGA